AUGUAUAUCAGCUUAAAAAUGAAGAAAACGAAAGAAAUAAAUGAUAUUAUUAAGUGCAAUCCCUUCCAGAAAAAUGAUAAAAAAAAAGAAAUAAAAAAUCUGAUAAUAAGAAAAAUAAGAAGAAAAAUGAAACAGGGAUUAAAUAAAUUAAAUGAGCAACAUAAGCGUUUAGUUACUAUUUUCAAUAAUUUAAAUAAUUUAAAAAUUCAAAAUAAUAUAGAAUUCAAAAAAAUAUCUAACAAAAUUUCGAAAGAAAUUAAAUAUGCUAAUGAAGAAAACAAUGAUGACAUAGCAAUACUAAAAAUGGAAAAAGAUUUAAUAAAAGCUGAUUUCACAAAAAACAAAAAAAGUUUAAAAAUUUAUAAUGAACAUGAAGAAGAGUUUAUAGAAAAUGAGGAAAGCAAAAAAAGGGUAAAACAUGAAAAAAAAAAAAAAAAAAAAAGAAAAAAUAAUAACUCCCACUCAUCUCAAAACUUUGCUAAUUCAGUUACGCCUUUGCAAAUUUUUCAUGAUAAUUGUAUAUGUAUGAACAGUAAAUGUGAUCAUAAUGAUUUUACAAGUGAUAAUUUAAAAGUAAAAAAUUCUGUUGUUCUUGAUUUGUUUAAUGCAUUAUCUAAAAACAAAUAUUACAAAGAAACAAAUUUAUGUGAAAAUAUUCUUGAUGAUGAAGAUAUAGAUAAAAUUUAUGCAAAAGAAAAAAAAAAAUUAAAAAAAAAAAGGAAAUUGAUAAACUUUCUUAUUAAAAAAAAAAAAAAACGGAAAAAUGAAAGAAUAAAAAAAAAAAAGGAAAAAAAUAUCAAAGAAUUAAAAAGUUAUUUAAACAAUGAGAAUACGAAAAAAUCAAAUAUUAUAAGUAACAAAGAGGAAAAUGUAUCCAAUACAUGUGAAAGUGCCUUACAUAAAAAUGUCAAUUCUGACAGUAAAAUUCUAAAUGAUAGUAAUUUAUAUAAUUCUUCUAAUACUAUUAACGAAAAUAAAAAUAAAAUAUAUUGGAUAUAUAUGAAAAAACAAAUAAAUAAAAGUGUAAACAAAAAUAACCUAAGAAAUAUGAUAUCAAAUGUUUUAACUUUCUUCUGUAGUAUAAGUAAAAUUUUUUAUUGUGAAGUUAUUGACAAAAAAAGAGAUAAAUAUAUUAGUAAUGAUGAUUUCAAGUGUGAUAGAAUAGAGAAAUUUUAUGAUUAUAUUUUAGCAGAUGAAUAUGAUAUCAUGAAUAAUAACGAUACAAUUGAUGAAACAAAAGGAAAAUACAAAAAUGACUCUAAUAUAAAUGCAGAAAAAAAAAAUUAUAUAUACAUUUAUAUUAAAAAAAAUUUCUUUCCAAAAUAUUUAUUAAAUCUAAAAAAAAAGAUUAAAUUGAUUUUAAUUUUUUCAUCUAACGAUGUAAAUAACUUUAAUUAUAAUAAUGAUUCUAAUGAUAAUGACAUAAAUUUAAAUGGUAAUUGUCAUGGUGUAAAUAACUGCAAAUUUGAUAAUUAUCUAAAUAAUAAUAAUAAUAAUAAAGGUAAUAAUGAAACUCAAAAUAAUAUAAAAGAGGAUAUUAUGAAAAAUUCUAUUGACAAAAAUUAUAUAAAUUUUAACCAAAGCAAUUUAUUAAAUAAAAAAGGAUUUAACAGUAAUUCAUAUUUGGAUUUUUUAUUUAAAUAUAAUAAAUUUUUAAAUAAAAAUAAUACAAAAAAAAUGAAUAUUAUAAGCAGACAUAUAACAUUAGAUGAUAAUUUAUAUUAUAAUCUUCUUUAUUUAAAUUACUUACUUAAAAUGGACAAAAAUGAAAAGGAAAGGUAUGAUUAUUUUUAUAUUCAUGAGAUAAAAUAUGAUAACUUAAAAUAUGACAUAGAAAAUAUAAAAUUGAAUUUAGAAAAAAUAAUGACUAGUAAAAAAAAAAAUAAAAUAUCUAAACCUUUUUUAUUAUUAAAUUAUAUGAACAAAAAUUAUUCGUUAAAUAUUAGAAGUGAUAAAAAAGGAAACUACAAAUAUAAUGGAAAAAUAAAAAAAAGGAAAUUUUAUAAAAUUAGCAAGAAUAAUGAGAGUGAGUAUAUAAAUAAUCAUAAAAAUAUAAUAAAUAGUAAUGAUGAUGAAAAUUUAAAAGGGAAUAAAAAAAGAAAAACAAAUGAAAAAAGUAUACACAAUAAAGAAGAAAGUGAAUAUGUGAAAAAUCAUGAAAAUAGGAAAAAUUACAUAAAAAGAAGAAAUUAUAAAAAUGGGAAAAAUAGCUAUUCCUUUUUUGAUGAAGUAUUAUCUUUUAAAGGAUUAGAAAACAAUUUAAAUAAAAAUGAGGAAGUAGAAAUACAUUAUUUAACAAUUUAUAAACAUAUGUUAAGUUUUAAUGAUAAUGAUGAUGAAAUAACAUUAAAAUAUUAUAUGUCUCAUAUACAAAAUAGUGAAUUUAGUAUAGAAUUUAAAAAUGAACAUAUUCCUGUGAAUAUUCUUCAUUUUUUUAACUAUUAUAUAGAAAGAAAAAAUCAACUAGAAGAAACUAUUAAAGAACACACAAAUAUAUAUAAACAAAUAUAUAAGCUAUGGAAAGAAGAUAUAGAUAUAUCUGAAAAGGAGAAGGAAAAAAAAAAUAUUUUUGCAUGGGGUAUUUUGCCAGUCAGAGCUUAUGAUCAUCCAUAUAUUUUUGUUCCUUUACCAUGUGGAUUUAAAUAUAAUAAUAAAAAUUUAGCUUAUUAUACUUCUAAUGACAAAAAAUUAUAUGAUGAUAAUUUAUUAGAAAAAAAAGAAAAGAAAAAAGAAUAUAUGAAUAUUAAAUAUGCUAAUUUAAUAGGCCCUUGUAUAAACUGGCGUAAAAAUUGUAUAUUUGUUAGUGAUUUAAAAAAAAAAAAGUUUUUGCAUAUAUCUGAAUAUUACCCUUACUUUUACUGUAUGCAAAAUAUUAAAUUGUCUUUAUUUUCAUUAGAAAGAAAUGUUAUUUAUGAAAACACUAAUAAUAUGUGUAAUUUUAAAGAUUAUGAUAAUUUGACAGAUAAUAUAAAUUAUUUCAAUUCCAUAUCUUCUUAUGCAAAUAAAAAGAAUUCAAAAAUUUUAUGCACAAAUAAUAUUAACAAUUCUAAUGAAAAUAAUAAUAAUAAUAUUAAGAAGGAAAAUAAUUUUUUUAAGAAUAAAUGUUCAAAAAAAGGAUCAGGAUUAAAAUAUACUAAACAUAUACUAGAAGAAAAUAUGUUAUACAAAUUUUACAGUAAUGAAGAAUUAUCGAAUGAAAAAAAUUAUAUAUGGAACAAACAAGAGAUAAGAAUAUUUCUAGAAAAAUAUUUAUUAUAUCCUAAAAAAUUUGAUAAAAUAAGUCAAUUUUUAGAAUUUAAAAACACUAAACAAUGCGUUGACUUCUAUUAUUUAACAAAAAAUUUUUUUUGUUUAAAGAAAUUAUUAUUAACAAUAUCAGAAAAUAAAGGGAAAAGAAAUAAAAAAUGCUCUGUGAAUGAUAUAAAUAAAAAAAAUCCGAAAGAAGAAAUUGUUAAUAAAUUAAUAAAAAAAUUAGAAAAUAAUUAUAUCAGAAGUGAAUUUGAAGAUAUAAAUUGUAUAAACUAUAGUUAUAUAAACAUAAAGAAUUUCUUUAAAAAUUAUUUUGUAAAAACCUAUAAAGGUUCAUCAUAUAGUAAAAAUUUAACAAAUAAGAUUAAUAACAAUAAAAAUUCCUCGUAUAACAAUUAUACAAAUAAAGGAGUAAUUUUAGAAAAUAUGUCUGAUGGAUAUGUAAUACCAAAAAAUUAUAACUUUAUUUUAAGUUCUAAUAGAAAAUUAUGUUUUUUAGUUAAAAACAAUGAAAAUUUUAUAUAUAGUGGAAUUAAUUCAGAUAUCAUUGAAAUAAAAUAUAAUGAAAAUUUAGAUAGUAAUAAAAAAAAGGAAGGAAAAAAAAAAAAAAAAAGCAUAUUAUCCUAUACUAAGAAGAUAAAAGAUUAUAAUAAUAAUGUAAGUAAUAUUACCAUUGAGAAAAACUAUAAUAAAAAUGAAUAUAGUGAAUUAUGCAAUUUAAAGGCCACUUCUUUAUUUGAUAAAAAUGAUGAUCAAAUUAAAAAAUUAAAAAGAAUUGAUGAACUUUCUUCAUGUGAAGAUUUUAAAAAUAAAAAUAUUUUAAAAAAUAUUAAUAAUGAAUCAGUGGAUAUAAAGCAAACAUAUAUAAAUUCAGAAUUAAGAAAUAUUCCUUUAGAAAAUACUGUAAAAGAAAAAAAAGAUAAUACAGAUAAUUAUGAUGCUAAUAAUAAUAUUAUAAAUGGCGAUUAUAAAAAAAAAUUAAAAAAUAAAAACUUCUUAAGUGAAAAUGACUUAGAUGAAAAUUGUGAUGAUAAACGUAUUAAUAAUAACGAACUCAGCAGCAACGAAGUAAGUAACAAUUUUUACAACUCCAGUUUAAAUUUAAAUUCUCAUGAAAAAAAAACAGAGAAUUCAACAUGUGAAGAAAGCUUAUUUAAAUGUUUCGAAUUUUUAAAAAAUAUGAACCAAAAGAAUAAUGAAAACUUCAAUAAAAAUUCAUAUCAAAAUCCCAAAUCUACAUCAUUUUCUUUUGAUUAUAAAUAUAAAAAAUGUGUAAAAAAGAACAUUUUUCAAAAGAAAAGUACAGUUUUAGAAAAAGAAAAAAAUGUUAAAAAAAAAAAUCAAAUAAUAAAAGCAAAAAAUAUGAGUAGUUUAAUUAAUGAAAAAGGUAAAAAUAUUAAAAAAAGUAAAAAAUCAUCUCAAAAAAUAGGAGAAAAAAAUACAUUAAUAGAUCAAAAAAAUAAUGUAUCAAAUUCAAGUAAAGGAAAAGGAAAAGAAAUAAAAAAAAGUUUGGAGAAAAAGUGUGAAAAUGAAAUAAUCCAUAAAAAAGAAAAAAUAAAUGAAUUACAAAAACAUGAAAAUGAUUUCAAUGAAUCUGAAGAAAACGAAUUUGAAGAAGUGGAAGAAGAGGAAGAAGCAGAAGAAGCGGAAGAAGAGGAAGAAAGGGAUGAUUCUGAAGAAGAUAUACAAAAAGAAAAAGAGGAUUAUGAUGCUGAUGAUGAUAAUGAUGAUGAUGAUGCUCAUGAUGAUAAUGAUGAUGAUGAUGCUCAUGAUGAUUAUGAUGAUGAUGAUGAUGAUGAUACUGAUACUGAUAAUAAAGAAGAAACUGAAAAUGAAAAUAGAGAAAAUGGUGAUGAAAUUUACUUUGAAGAAGAACAGGAUGAAAAUGAAGAUAAAGGUGAAGCUGGAGAUGAACAAAUAGAAGAAGAAAAAAUGGGAUAUUAUAAAAAUGAUCAAAAAAAGAAUAUAUUUAAUGAAAAUAGAAAAGAAAAUUUUGAUGGAGAAUUAAUAUAUAAUACGAAAAAAGAAACACUUAAUUACAAAAAAGAUCAACAAAUUCUUAGAAAGCAUUGUUAUAAUAAAGAUGGUAAGUCUAUUUCAUCAUUAAACAAGCAUGAUAAAUUUUUAAAUGAAAAUAAUUUAACAAGCAAAAUUUACAGUGAAGAAGAUAUUGAUAAAAAAAAAAAAUACAUCACAAGUAAUGAAAAUAAUUUUUUAAAUAAUCAAAAUAUAUGGAGUGACAAUAAUUCCCCAACAGAAAUAAAUAAAAACAAAAUGAAUGGAAAUUAUAUUACAUCUUUAUCCGAUCAAAUUAACACAAAUAAUAUUAAUACAGACAUAAAAGAUGAAAUAAAAUCUUUUAUUAAUAACAAAUCCCAUAUAGAACUUUUAGAUGAAAUGAAACAAAUCAAAAAAUCUCAAAUAGAAAAUUUUGAUUCUUCUAAGCAAUUCCGAAAGACAGCAACUAAAUGGACAGAUAAAGAAAAAAAAAUUUAUUUUGAAAUUUUUUUAAAAGAUGGAAAAAAUUGGGACUCUUUAUAUUCAGCGUUGAAACCAUAUGGAAAAACCAAAGAGCAAGUUAAAAAUUUUUAUCAAAAUACAAUUGCAAAAAAAAGAAAAAAAGAAUUUGGUGAUAAAAGCAAAAAUUUAUAA